UCCCCUCGGCUUCGCGAGGUCGGUCUCGCGGCGGCCGUGCCUCCUCAGACGGGAGGCGGCAGGUUGAGGCUGAGCGGGGCGGCGGCGGCCGUCGUCGUCGUGGUGCUCCGGGCUUCCCUCAGACCCGCUCCCUUCGCGCCGCCGAGCGGACCAGCGGCUGGUUGACGGGCUGGCUGACAUACUCGCCCGCGGCAUGAACCGGGGCCAACGCGGAGGCGGCGGAGCGGGGAGCCGCGGCGGCCUCGGCACCAUGGAAGUGAAGAGCAAGUUUGGUGCAGAAUACCGGCGCUUUUCUUUGGAAAGGUCCAAGCCUGGAAAAUUUGAGGAAUUCUAUGGAUUACUGCAGCAUGUUCACAAAAUACCCAACAUUGAUGUCUUAGUUGGAUAUAUAGACAUUCAUGGAGAUCUCUUGCCUAUCAACAAUGAUGACAAUUAUCACAAAGCAGUUUCUACAGCUAAUCCUUUGCUUAGAAUUUUUAUUCAAAGAAAAGAAGAUGCAGACUACAGUGCCUUUGGGAUGGAUACCAUAACAAGGAAGAAAAAUGUCUUGACAAAUGUGUUGCGUCCAGAUAACCAUAGAAAAAAGCCUCAUAUUGUCAUUAGCAUGCCGCAAGACUUCAGACCAGUAUCUUCUAUUAUAGAUGUAGACAUACUUCCAGAAACUCAUCGCAGAGUGCGGCUUUAUAAAUAUGGAAUGGACAAGCCUCUAGGAUUUUAUAUACGGGAUGGCUCUAGUGUCAGAGUAACGCCUCAUGGGUUAGAGAAAGUACCAGGCAUUUUCAUAUCUAGGCUUGUUCCUGGUGGACUGGCUCAAAGCACGGGCUUAUUAGCUGUAAAUGAUGAAGUUCUGGAAGUAAACGGUAUAGAAGUUUCAGGUAAAAGCCUUGAUCAGGUUACAGAUAUGAUGAUUGCUAACAGUCGAAACUUAAUAAUUACUGUGAGACCAGCAAAUCAGAGAAACAAUGUUGCUAGGAACAGCCGGACUUCUGGUAGCUCAGGACAGUCUACAGAUACCAGCCUUCCAAGUUACACUCCACAUACUGUGCCCAUAUACCACCCUGAAGAAGAGGAAGACACUGAUGAAGAUGAUAUUAUUAUUGAAGAUAAUGGUGAGCCACAGCAAAUUCCAAAAGCGGCUCCUUCCAGUGACAGCAUUGAGUCACUGACACAAACUGAAACCAAUCAUGAAUCUGUGCAGAAUGGUUUAAUUUCUUCCAGAGAAGUAAACUUGUAUUGUUCAACUGGCAGCAUUAACAUGGAGUAUGAAAUCCAGGACUCAGACCCAAAGACUUUAGAAGAAGAUGGGACAAUCAUAACAUUGUGAAACUACAACAGCUUAUUUGCUUUUUAAGAGGCCAUAAGAAUUUUUUUACUUGGCUGUAUUAAUGCAGGAUGUACCUCUCAACUACCAUACUCCAAUGACUUUUUAUGUCUGGAUAACGGAUUAGAGCACUCUGCUGUGAUUCACAGGAACCGUUCCAUUUUGAUACCCAGCUGAGUAACAAGUGUUUUUGGAACACACACUGACUUGGUUUUGUGGUUCAAGGCAGGACAGCAUUUCCAUGACCUAAAAUUGUGCAGGUCUAUUUUUCAGAAUUUCAGUGUCUAGAAGGAGCCCCAGAGUUUAUAGUGUAUUGUCCUGUGAUCUGGUUCCAUGUAUUGUUCGUGGAACAUGUUUUCAUUUAAUUGUGGAUUUGAGUAUUGUCAUAUGAGAACCAGCCUCAACCGUUUUUCAACACAAGAAUGUUAAUGAAACAAAAUAACCAAACAUAAACUUCAACAAUUUUUGGUCUCCUUACUCCAUACUCCGGACAUGUGUAAAUUAAAAUAAUGUGGAAUAUUAAUUAUCAGUGCAAUCCUAUUCAUAUUUACUCAGAAGUAAGCUCCAUUGAUUUGAACUCUGCUUACUACAGGCAAGUGGGUAUUGGAUUGCAUUCAGUGAGUUGAUUGACUUCAGUUUUUCUAAAAUGUCUUUAAGCAAUUUAAAAAAUCAGAAGGGAGAGAAGUGUCCAUUGGAUUUAUUGAUUUGAUAGUUGUGAAGUGUAACUUAAAAAAAAAACUUUUAAACUGUACCGAUGUACUCUAUUACUGGUGUUGGAGGGAUAAAUCACUGCUAUUCUGUAUGGAUUGGAUAGCUCACUAAAAAAACAAUGAAGUUAUUUGUCUGAUCAUACCAUAUAUAGAUGUGUACAUUUACCCUUUUAAUGAGAAAAAUUCUGAUCUUGAAAUGUUAUGAUGCAAUCAAGCUCCACGAAAACCAAUUGGAUUUUCUAUUUACGUCAGUGGGAGUUGUAUUAUACCCAUAAUGUGAAAGUCUUAAAAUAUUAUUCCUUUUUGUUCCUUAAUUAGUUCUCUUGGUUCAUGGCAUCCGCUACUGCUGCAACUGUUAUGGAAUGAAUAUAAAAAUGCAAGUGCUAAUGACAGAUUUUGGCUAACAUAAAUCUUAUUGCUUAUGAAGGUUCUUUUGUAGUGGAACAGUUCCCAAAAGGAGGCAAAUUAUAUAACCACUAAUAAACCAGUUUUAGUUACUUCCCCCUUGACAAAAGGCUUUCAUAUAGAAUUCUAAGCAAAGGGCAUCCUAAUAUUUAUCCUUUGGGCAUGUGCUUAUUCCUUUUUCUUCACAUAAUUAUGACUGAAGUACAGUCCACUUGAAGAGGGUUCCACUAAUAGAUAAUGUGUGCAAUCAGGUAGCCAUUUUCAUGGAUGCAUAUGUUUGGUACGACCAUGGAUCUUACGAUGGUUCAUUAUACGGUAGAUAAGGUGUAAAAUGAAUUUUCCACUUACACAGAAGCAUGGAAACCAAAACAUUAGUGAAAGAGUUGAAUGUUAAUUUAUUAUGGAAACACACAUAGCGUUGUUGUGCUGCUUAACACAUUCAGUUUGAUUUUUUGAUACUUGUACUGCAAUCAUGUGCAUGAACACUUUGGAUAUAUUAGUGAAAUUACAAACUUAAGAAAAUAUUUUAUUAAACUGUUUAAAUUUUACUCCUUAUGAUACUAGCCUCAAUCAGGUAGCUUGUGUUAUGGGAUGGAGUGUGUUCUUUAAAAAGCAUAUAUAUCUAUACAUAUCCAUGUAAUGCAUAAAAUAAUCUUGGCUUGAAGUAAUGUAAUUAUACCUAAUAAAAUUAAACAUUGGGGGUGGGGGAAAUCAAUGAACACUAGAGAGGAUAAGCAAAAGGCUCAAUGUGUUUUGCUAUUAAAAUGACAGGCUGCACUGCAUUUAAUUGCAAAGUAAUGCAGUUGCCAUAAUGGUUUAUCACUACCUUAUUUUUACUAAGCCUUUUAAAAUCAAUAUGAAACAGAAUGAUAGUACAUUUUAAUUAUAUAUAUAACGGUACUGGGCUUCAGUAUAAGUGAAACUAUUAGACUUUCAUAUACUACCUCUUAAACUUUGACAGCUAGCAUCUUGUGGGGGACAAGGUUGGUCUGCUAGAUGAAGACAUGAAGGCUUGGUGUAUGUACAAUUUUUUACUUUAAAACCCAGAGAUACUUAAAAUUUUACUACAAGUUCUAAUAUGCUGUUUGCUCUGUAUGUGUGUAUAUAUAUAUAUACACUUGAACAUACAUAAAUGGAUUCUCAAUUUUUGAUUGAAUCUUACAAUGAAUGUGUAUGGACAACUUCACAGAAUCAAAAUUCUUUUGAUGUUUGUAUUGAUUUACAAAAAUGAAAAGAAUUUUU